AUGACAACUAUCCAUAAUCAGGGUAAUGAUCUGACACUAUCUGAUCACUGGAUACAUGAUCGCAAUUGGAGAGAUCAACACAGCAUACUACUGAGGUUGAUUAUACACCAACAACGAUGCUUGUAUAUUGAUUCACCCUACAGAGUGUUUUCGGCUUUGUUGACCCUAUAUGAAUGCGUUAUACUUGCGUUGCAAGCGGUUUCUGCAGUUCGACUUGCAUUAGAAUCACCUUUUGAAAGUGCCAGUCAAUCAAACAAUAGACUGUCAAAACGAUCACCCGUUGAAUUGGGUGGUGAUAUCACAAAAUGUUACACAAUUAGAGUCAAUGUUGAUGGAGUUGAUUUGGGUUUGCAAGUCGAUUCAACAAUGUCUGAUAUAGUCGUACCACUUUCUAGUUCAAAUGACGAUAUAGGUUUGACUCCGCAACACACUCCAAGUGGAGAGCCCGUUACUAUAGAUUACAAAGGCGAUGAGUAUAAAGGAGUUACAUCCGACACCGCUGUUACAAUUCCGGGUACUAGUAUAACUGACAUCAAUUUACCAGUAGUAGCAGUUGAAAAACAAUCGCCAGAUCUAGUUGGUAUCGAUCCAGAGUUUGAUGGAAUAUUUGGGUUCGGCAAUUCCUUGUUGUCAAAACAUCAUCCACAAACCACUGCAAUGGAUGUUUUGUACACCAGUGAUGUCAUUCCCAAUAACGAGAUUGGUCUUCAACUAUGUCCGUAUGAAAUGCUUUCAGAUAGCUUCAUUAAUAUAGGAAACACGGACGUAACUGCAAAAUGCGGAACGGAUGGAACAAGUAUUGCAUGGGUACAAUCACCAUUAAAUGAUGAAUUUACUGUCAACAUCAAGAGUAUACUAAUCAAUGACGAACCAGUGAAUCUGCCCGAGGAAUUCCAAAAAACAAUAAUGGAAAAUGGACGUAUUUUGUACUCGAGUGUGGAAACAUGCUUUUUACAUAUGCGUUUUCCUGAAGUAGUCGUGACAGCGUUGGUUGAUGCUAUUCUUGAUAGUGGUGCGAUCACUGUCAACAUUAAUAUAUUUAGUGACAAACUCGGAAAAGUAAUGGUUAAAAAAAUAUUUUCGCAAAACUACGCAAUGCUUGAAUCCGGUUUUGAUAUCGAUUGGGGCAAGCUGCCAACGCUUUCAAUUACAAUGUUUGCUGAAAACCCCGUAACUGAUGCCAAUCUCAACUCCGUUGUAACAAUCAAAUUGGGUCCCAAAGAUUAUAUACAGAGAGUUGAUUCUGAAAAUUGCAAGUAUUUGACAAUUGCUGGUCCAAAUGACAAUGCAAUUCUUGGUAUUCCAUUUAUGGCCCAACUUGGAUUGACAUUUGAUCGAACACAUAAACGCAUUGGGUUUGGUCCUGGAUGUGGAUGCGAAGUCGCGACUAGCAAAUAUCCUACUAUUUCAAACGGUUAUCGAGUGCUCUGGCCAUUACCACGUGUUAGAUUGCCUGAACAACCAAGUGGUUCAGGUUCAGAUGGCACAUUUAUUCGCAGAAGGAAACCAUAA